GGACUCUGAAAUGGAUACAUCAUCCAUGAAUUUCCAAGUACCAGUAUUCCCUGGGGAUGGUAUCUUUAGAUCGUUGAUCAUAAUAAAAAAUAAGAUUGGUCCCAAUUUUGUACCUUGUGGUACACCGGCUGUAACCGCCAACCAGUCCGAGAUAGCGCCACCAAGUCAAAUACAUUGUCUACGGUUAGAUAGAAAACUUAUAAUUCAUG